CUUCUUCGUUCUUCUUUUUUUACUUCUUGAUACCAUAUAUUCUCUUUUUGUAUUUUUCAUUUUUUUUUUUUGUGUGCGUGUGGCGUUGUGAAUGAACUAUUUUUUUUCUUCUCUUUGUUAACUUCUUGACUGACAUUUUAUAAAAAUUACAAACGCUCUGUUAUUUGAAUUACAAGUUCAACGACAACAUUAUUAUUGUUUUGCAUAUAUCUCUUGUUUAUUCUUAUGAUCAACUUGAGUUGUGCCUGACUUGACCUAGAAACGAUAACAGAAAAAUACAAAAUUAUCUACUAUGAAGAAAAAAGGAUCCAAGAUGAACAAUAACGAGUCUCCAGUUGUCACUUCAACCAACACAACCAAUAAACCACCACCGCUACCACCUUCUACUUCUGUUGAUAUUCUUCCUAGACCUUCAAACAAAAAGAAGAAAAAGAAGAAAAACAAACAAAAGUCUCGUCAACUCAAUAAUAGUCCCUUGGCCGUUUUAGAAAAUGCUCAACAACAAAUGGGUGCUGCUGUAGCUGCCGCUGCUGUGGCCGAUUUUCACCAUAAUGGAGCUGAAUGGUUUUCUUCCUCUCAAACUUUACAACAACAACAACAUUAUCAACAUCAACCACCACCACCACCUCCUCCUCCUCCAUCUUUACCUCCACCACCUCGACAAUUACCUUCAUCUGGUUUAAAUUCUCAUCAUCAACACUCAUCUCAUGUACUCAAUAACAAACAGCGCAACAAAUCAAUCAACAAGAAAAAAGAUAACGAUAAGGAUGAAUUUUGGUCUAGUAUGAGCAAUACUGAAGAACGACAAAAGAUUCGCGAAUUUUGGCUACAACUAGGUGAAGAUGAACGAAGAUCAUUGGUUAAAGUCGAAAAAGAGGCUGUCCUACGGAAAAUGAAGGAACAACAGAAACAUAGUUGUAAUUGCUCCGUUUGUGGGAAAAAAAGAACUGCUAUUGAAGAUGAACUAGAAGUACUCUAUGAUGCUUAUUAUGAAGAACUCGAACAAUAUGCCAAUCAUCAACAACAUACUCAACUCUAUGGUCGUCGUUCUUUACAUACAUAUCCAACACCUGAAGCAUUACAAGAAGGUCAUUUUGAAGGUUAUCUGGAUGAAAAUAUUGAUGAAGAGGAAGACGAUAACAAUCAUAUCAGAAAUGGUGAUCAAAACGAUAAUGAUCAUGAAGACGAUGAUGAUGAGGAUGAGGAUGACGACGACGACGAUGAUGAAGAAGAAGAUGAUGAUGAUGACAUUUUGGAAGAAGAUGAAGACACUUUUGAUAUCCAUUACGAAGAUGAUCAUAGAUCAGAUAUAUCGGAUGAUGAUUUUUCAGAUGCAUACGAUGAUGAUUUGGAAACUUUUACUUCGAAUGGUUUGACAAGAUCUUCCCAUGGGACUGGUGAUCAUUUCAAUUUUGGCAAUAGUUUAACAGUCAAAGGUGGCAUACUGACGGUGGCUGACGAUCUUUUGAAAAAUGAUGGCAAGAAAUUUUUGGAUAUGAUGGAACGUUUGGCUGAAAGGCGAAUGCAACGUGAUAUUGAAGCUGAACUUGAUCAAGAUGAAGAUUACUAUGAUGAAGAUGAAGAUGAAGAAGAUAUGUAUGACGAUGAAAAUGAAGAGGAUACUCGUACCGAAGAGCAACGAAUGGAAGAAGGUCGACGUAUGUUUCAAAUAUUUGCGGCUAGAAUGUUUGAACAACGGGUACUUGCUGCUUAUCGAGAAAAGGUCGCAAAAGAACGUCAACAACGUCUGAUUCAAGAAUUAGAAGAAGAGGAUCGCCAACGUCAAGAACGGGAACUCAAAAAGCAACGUGAUAAGGAACGGAAAAAGGACAAGAAACGAUUACUGAAACAACAACAAGAACGUGAACGUCGUGCCAAGGAAGAACAACGGCUCGCGGAAGAAGCCAAGAAACGGGCGGAAUUGGAACAAAAACAAGAAGCAGAGCGACAAAAGAAAGAACAAGAACGACAAAGGAAGGAACAAGAGCGACAAAAGAAGGAAGAAGAGCGACGCAUCAAAGAAGAAGAAAAACGAAGACGACUCAAGGAAGAAAAAGAACGUGUUGCCGAAAAGGAACGCCAACGCAAGGAAAAGGAAGAACGUGAACAUCGGGAAAAAGAAUUCUUGAAGGAAAAGGAACGCAAGGAAAAAGAACUCAAGGAUGAAUUGGCUCGUCGGGAUCGUGAACUCAAGGAACAAAUAGAACGUCAUGAACGACAAAAGGGACGUAUUAAAUCAGAUGCUAUAACAAAACCUACAAAGUCAACGUCAACAUCAACCUCAUCAAUUAUUCAACCUUCGUUACCAAAUUCUCUUUCUUCCAAAAUCAAUUCACCAAAGGAUACGAAUAAUACCGGAUCAAGGGAACAAUUACUGAUGGAUGCUCUAAAUCCUCCUACAUCUGAACAACAACAACAACAUACUAUACCACCAACAGCUGUACGAACAAACAACGUUUUUAAAUCACCUACACAACAUCUUUUUAGUAAUGGAUUUCCUCCUUUGGACGUGAUUCAACCUUCUCAUCCUCUUCUUGGAUCUUCAUUAGACAACAGCACUCCUCCACUUGCACCACCAUCAACACAACAACAGCAACAUUUAUUGAAAACGCCCAUUGGUAUUUUUCCUUCACCUAUGCUUAACGUCAAUGGAAUACAUGACGGAAAUAUCAACCAUGUGCCCUUCCAACUCCCUAUGGAAUCAAGCUUAUCAACUUCCAAUCAUGGACGAUCUUCUAUUAACGCCAUAAGUCAGCUUACUAUUUCCAAUUCAUCAUCAUCAUCAUCCACUCCAGUAGUAUCUACACCACCACCAUCAACCACAUCAACCACACCUGGUAUCAGUAUUCCUUUACAACAUGGUCGAAGAUCAUCAGCAAUGGCAGGACCUGUAGGUAGUCCAGUGACGCAUCGAUUUGGUGCGGAACAAGGUCAUCAAGAAUCAACUAUUGGACCUCAUCGGGCUUCAACAGCAGAUCAUGGAGCCGAUCAUUCUUUCUUCUCCAAUUUUCUUUUUGGUGAACCUAAUCGUGGAUCAAACUUAACAACACCAAUGAAUGAAGUUGACGCAUUGGGAUACCAAACAAGACUUGAUAUGCCUUUGGAUCGUCGAUUUUCUACCGAAUCACCUGUUUUUGGAUGGCGAAAUGGUUGGAGUGCUACUUCAUUAUUGUCGGAAAAUGUACAUGGUAACCUAUUUGGUGACUCCUUGACGGAUCGUCAUACGAUUUUAUUAGAUAGGGCGAAAUCAGCAUAUCAGAAAUUGGAUGAAAUCACACAAACCAAGUUCUUCCUUGGCGGUACAACCCCUUAUCAUACAAUGACCCAGCUACACCGAAUGAUGAAUGAUUUGUAUUGUGAUAUGACUGUGGAUACUAGGGAAUUAUAUGAUGUUUUGGUCCAAUCUCCUCAAAGUGGAUUUCAAUGUAUUCAACAUCCUCAACAUGGUAUGGUGGUGAAGUACCAUCCAUCAACAACAUCUACUAAUGCUGAUGACCCAUUACUGUUACGACGAUCUAGUACGUUAUUACAUAAUACAUUAUCACCUUCAACUUCUUCUUUCUCGUCAUCACACAACAAAUCUACAACAACAACAACAACUACUACUACUACUUCUUCUACUACUACUGCAUCUUCUACAUCAUCUAAUGUCAACAUUUCUACAAAUAGUGCCUUUCCUCCCUCUUUACUUACGAUACCAUUAUCUUCUUCGUCAACACAGCAUGUAUUACUUCCCUCUCCAUUUGCAUUCACUCCAUCUUCUUUUCCUUCUACCCUUCAUCAUACAAAUGAAAAGGAAGUUGGAUGA